GCAAUUGCACACGGACAAGAACACCAAAUAGCACAGGGGGCAGCAAGAGACAGGGAAGGCUGUCAUCGCCCCAAGAUCUCAUCACAAAGCGGCCUUCAAAGCUUGCUGUUGGACGCUCAAAUCCUGACGGAGUGCGAUUCCGGGGAGGAUCAUAGCAGCGGGAGUCGCCCGGACGAGGGAGCGAAGUCCGGAGAACAACAACAACAACUGCGCGGGAGGUUUUGCCCGACCCACAGCCAUCUGCACGCGUCGCGUGCGUGCGUUUGCAUUAAUAGCUUUGUGAAGGCGGGGGGGGAAGGAUGUCUAUCAGGCUCCGGCAGCUGAUCCGAAAGGUGCGGUCGUGCAAGACUGCCGCAGAGGAACGGGCGGUCAUCGCCACCGAGGGCGCGCUGAUCCGGACCGCCUUCAAGGAAGGGAACGAUCCCAACCGGGCGAGAAAUGUGGCCAAGCUGCUCUACAUGCACAUGCUCGGCUACCCGUCACACUUCGGGCAGAUGGAGUGCAUCAAGCUCAUCGCCAGCCCCGGCUUCCCCGACAAGCGCGUGGGAUACCUGGGCCUGAUGCUUCUGCUGCAGGAGAAGGACGAGGUGCUGAUGCUGGGGACAAACUCCCUCAAGAGCGACCUGUCCCACCCGAUGCCACAGGUGAUCGGACUGGCCUUGUGUGCGGUCGGGAACCUGGCUACCCCCGACAUGUCCCGAGACUUGGCCAUGGAAGUGGACAAGCACCUGAAGCCAGGCUCCAGCUCGAACAUGAGGAAGAAGGCCGCUUUGUGCACGAUUCGCGUGCUGAAGAAGUGCCCGGAGCUGGUGGAAGACUUCAUCGAGCGUGUCGUUGUGCUGCUGGUGGAGCGGAGCCACGGUGUGGUCAUGUGUGGAGUCCAGUUGCUGAUCGCCAUCCUGGAGAUAGACGAGGCUCACGCGGAGGCGGUGGUGAAGGUGGUGCCUUCCCUGGUAAGGCUCAUGAGGAACCUGCUCAGCACCGGGUUCUCAUCGGAGUACGACGUGGCCGGCGUCACGGACCCUUUCCUUCAGGUGCAAGUGUUGCGGCUGCUCCGGUUGCUGGGACAGUACAGCCAGGACGCCUCGGAAGAGGUCAACAGCGUCCUCUCUCAGGUGGCGACAACGACGGAAACGGCUAAGAACUCUGGGAACGCCAUCCUCUACGAGUGCGUCCGAACCAUCAUGAAGCUGGAGAGCGAGAGCAGCCUGCGGUCCAUGGCCGUCAACAUUCUCGGCAGGCGAGUAGUACUGUUUCUCUUGCAUCGUGACAAUAACAUGCGCUACGUGGCGCUGAGAACCCUUGGCAAGGUGGUCUCGCAGGACUUGGCCAGCGUCCAGAGGCAUCGAGGGACAAUCGUGGAAUGCCUAAAGGAUCCCGAUCCGUCUAUCCGGGUGAGGGCCCUUGACCUCAUCUUUCAGCUGGUCAGCCGGAAGAACGCCAGAGCCUUGGUGGCCGAGCUCCUGAAUUACCUCGUCGUCGCGCCUUCGGAUCAGAAGCGGGAUACGUGCAGCAGAAUUUUGCAGGUGCUGGAGGACCACUCUCCUUCGGGGAGGUGGAGGGUGGACACGCUGCUGAGCAUGCUUGGGAUAGCGGGCGCGGAGUGCGACCGCAGCAUCCCCUCCGCCGCUGUGGUGUACGUGACGCAGAACGAGGAGCUGCAUGCUCCCGCCGCCCACAAGACCUUCAGGAUGAUCAAGAGCGAUCUCAGCCAGAAGGCGCUCACCCUUGCCGGGGUCUGGUUCGCGGGGGAGUACGGCGACCUCUUGCUGCGGCCUUGCGCCGCCCUUCCCGCGGAGGAGGGAGUUGAGGGAGAGGAAGGCGUCGACGGAGCGGCGGCUGUGUGGGUGCAGCCGGUGCUCAAGGACGACGACGACGACAAGGGGAAGGGGAAGGACGGGGGGGGGGGCUCCGCCGCGGAUAAGGAGGGGGAGGGUGCGCUCUCCAAGGCGGCGAGCUUCUUGUCGAUGGGCGGGAGCGCGAGCGUCGGCGCGGCGCACCACGCGGUAGAGGCCGGGGAGAUCGUCGACCUGAUGGCCAAGAUUAUGAAGGACCACAAUAGCGACCGCACGACAAGAGGCUACGUCUUGACGGCCCUGACCAAGCUUGCCGGGCGGCUGGGGGAGGACCAGGAGGACGCGAUAGAGGGCUUGCUCCAAACUUACAGCGGGUCCAUGAACCUCGAGCUACAGGCGAGAUCGUGCGAGUUCGGCCAGCUAUUGCGACCAGAGCUGGCCGAGCUCAGGAAGGGGAUGCUUGAUCGGAUGCCGGUUGCCGAUGAGGAGACCGUCCGCAAUCGAAGAGCCCGCUUCCGAAACGAGGAUAAGGGGGCCGAUGAUUCAGACGAAGACGACGACGACGACGAUGAAGGGCGUGCCUUGCCGUCUUUCAGGAUCUCGAAGGCCAGCAAGCACAGGCGAGGGGGAAGCGGCAGCGGCAGCGGCGCGGCGGCGGCAGCGGCGAGGGCGGCGAGGGCGGCGCUAGGGGCGGGGAAGAAGACGGUGCAACCUCUGGCGGGCCCGGCCGCCUCCGCCGGGGGAAUCCUCAGCAGCGGGGCCCCCUCCAGGCAGGAACAGGCGGCCGCGGUGCCGAACUUGCUUGACUUGGACGACCUGUUCGGCGGGGGGCCCGGGGAUUCCGCGGCGGCGGCGGCUCCGGCGGGGGAAGGAAAAGCGGCGACGGUGGACCUGAUGGCCGAUAUUUUUGCUGCGAAGCCUGCCCAGCCACCGGCGGCGGCAGGUGUCGUCGACCCCUUCGCCCCAACACCGGCACCGGCCACCGCCGCUAACGGCAGCGGCGGUGGAGUUGGUGCGACGCUAACGGGGGCGGUGGCGGCGGCGCCAGGAAGAAAAGCGGUGCCCGCGGUAACGGCGACAGCAACGUCGGGUCAGCCACCGCCGCCCUCGUUUGUCGCGUUCGAGAAGGGUGGCCUGACGGUGACCUUCGAGCUGUCCAAGCCGUCUCCGGCGGAGGACCCGUCGACCACUCUCGUCAAGGUCAUUUUCCGGAAUUCCGGGGCCAGUGAUGUAACGGGUCUGCACGUCCAGGCGGCGGUGCCGAAGUACCUUCGGCUGGAGAUGCAGCCUGCAUCAGGGUCUGUGUUGAAGGCGGGGGGUGCGGGGGCUGUGGAGCAGGUCGUGCGCAUCACAAACUCCUUGCAGGGACAGAAGAACCUGUUGAUGAAGCUCAAGCUGGUCUACGAGGUGGGGGGGGCGAAGAUGCAGGAGAUGGCCAGCGUUGGCUCGUUCCCACCAGGAUACUGAGGAGGGUCCGCCCCGCGUUCGGGUAGAAUUUGCGCAUGGUUUUGGAUUAUGCCAGCAGUGGUCGGUGCUUACAGAGGCGUUGACUUGUCGAUCCACCGUGGUGUUGGAAUGGAUGGUGAUCGCACGGUGAAGAAAGGCCGCGUUUCAGUCUAGGUCUUCCCCCUCACCUACGGGCGGGUCACGAAGUUCAGGUCGCGCGCUCUCGAUAUUCCGUUGAUGCUUGGGUAGCGUACGCCACUGGCUCAGCCCAUCGAUAAAUGUAUCCGUCUUAGCCUGAUUUUUGAGAAAUUGCUGGGUGGUGUGUUGGCGGUCGUAGUACGUACCAUCGUGUUCCGGCCUCCGUUUUUUUUUUUUCUCUUACCCACCACAACGAUAUUCUUUUUGCUGUCGUUAUGUAUGCUGCUUCUACAAUCCCUUGUUCCCCUGCCUCCUUCCACUUGUUGUCGAUGAAGCAACGACACCUGAUGCAACCACACGGCCGUGCCGAACCCGUUCUUUUUUCUUGUUGUCCCCGUACGUCUUCGUUGAAAAGGAGGGUGGGAGACACAACGUAAAAUAGCAUCGUGCGUGACCUUCGUGUUGCGUGAACUACCAGGCUGGUUGCUUGCGUCCACACACACACCGAAAGGUGCAAAAUCAAAAUGACGCCGGGAACUAAAUGAAGUACAGCAGUGCGACGGCAAAAUACUUGAAAAUACUGGUGGUUCUGGCUAGGAUUCCUUCACUUGAGGUUUCUUCCGUGCUUGAGGAUCAUUUUUCGUUCUUUAAAUCUUCCAGUGUCCUGUGACUUGGUUCGAUAGCGUCGCCCUCUUCCAGUCCAAGCGCGCCACGCACAACUACAUACAACCCAUUCCGUUCCGCUUCCGGCGCCCCGAUCACAACACGACAAGUGUACGAGCAGCCGCAGGCGCAGAAGGCCAUCGAGGCUGUCCGCAGCGGCGCAAUGUCUCUCCGGGCUGCUGCACAGGCCUAUGGCGUGAAAAAGCGCUCUCUCUCUCGCCGGCUGAGCGGUGAUAUAAGCAUGGAUGCAAAGGUUGGUCCAAGGACUUGUGCUCACAGUCGAGGAGGAAAUUUUUUUUUGAAGAGAUGCACUGCUGUACGCUGCUCGUCACUUCAUCGGGAUCGACCGGACCGCGCUGCAAGAACAUGUGCGCCAGCUGUGCAACGACGGUCGGGAUAUCCCGUGGGAUGCAGCAGUCGACCCGGGCCGAUCAUGGCUAGACGGGUUCUUCAAGCGGCAUCCUGCGCUGUCGGAACGCAGCGCCCGCAUCUACGAGGCCAACAGAAUCAUGAGUGACGACGAGACUCGCCUGCAGACGUUCUACAAAGACUUUGGCGAGUUCGUUGACAAGGAAAAGAUCCCUGCCGAUCACCUGUGGAACACAGAUGAGAGAGGGAGUAGAAAGUCGACCCGAGGCGGCGGCCGGCAGGCAAGAGGGAGGUCAGGGGCAAGGGCGGGGGCGAACAGAAGGAAGGGGCGGGCGUGGGAGGGGCGGCGGGCGGAGCGGGGUUCGUGAUCAAGUGGGGGAGGGGGUUGUGGCGAAUGCCACUGGGCGGGGUGCUGGUCGUGGUCGAGUGGUCGGAGGGGUAGUGGGGAAUGCCGGCGUAUCCAGGUCAGGGCGAACGCUGACGCCGGCACGCGUAGUCGACGUGUAGGUUUUUCUGUACCGAUCCGAACUCAACCUAGUUUGAUUCCAAAUCGGUUGAAACCGCCCUUGGAAUUGGCAAAGAGUCGGCAAUCAAGUGGCUGGAUUUUUUUUUGGAGCGUCGAGCAGUUCUGCGAUUGUACGAGGCCACGCUGUACCGUUCUAGCGGUUUGAAUCAGUUUCUGACUGGAAAACCUGGGGAUGUGACCACUCUGUCCCCGGUUGGGAACUCCUCCCCCCCGUUUGUAUUUACUUGCUCCUUGCUUUAGUGUCGAGGUCUGUGUCAAACGGCGAAUCAUGGGUUGAAAGCGAAGUAGAGAAAAACAGGAGAUAGAUGCAGCGUCGUGCAUAUCGGGACUGGGGGUUGCCGUAGACGGACGCGAACACCGGUACAUGCACCCGCUUCUUA